UGCCAGCCGAAAGUGCCCGUCAAAGACCGCAGUGGAUGACCCAAGCCCACCGAUGGGGCCGUUCCGCAUGGCUGAUAGGGCUUCGGAUCGGACUGGUGGGGUUUUGGCGGACCCUGGGCGGAGCCAGCUUGACGUCACCUGAACAACGGACCGAAACUAAUAACGAACUGAGUCUUGAUUCCGCGGGAGAUAGUGGAGGUGGCAGGAAGCUGCUUGCAUGCAUUACUACCGUCAACAAUGCCUCUUUCUCUGACGGCAACCGUAUUGGCGUCAUGGAUGUUGUGCUUGACGGUGGAUACUCUUUGAUACAAUGGGUGUUGAAUCCGGUUUCUCUCAGGAUCGCGCGCUUGAUGGCGUCGGUCUUGCAUUAA